AAACAUAUCGAUAUGUAACCGAGUUAUAUCUGUUCAUGAGUUAGCAGAAACCAAUAGAAAGGUCUCAUGCAAUAACAUCUUAUCGCAUUGUAAACGGCAGAAGAUAUAUAGCAGAAGCUAAAAAUGGCACCAACGGUUGCUAUAGAAACGAUUGUCAUUGUCAGGCCACUGAAGGUAGUAGCUGUGAUGUGUGGUUGUGUUGCUCUGUUUCUGAUGAUGCUGUCUAUAGCAGCUACAACCUGGUUAGAAGCUGAUGGUAGAAGAGAAGGCCUAUGGGAAAUAUGUAGAAGAACCGAUAAAGAUGAUCUAGAUAUUGAAUGUCAGAAAAACCAACCACGAGCGUGGAUUGAAGCUUGUAGAGUAUUAUGUCUAAGUGCUGUAGCUGUCUGUUUAUGUUCUGUUAUUGUUGCCUGUGUUGGUUUAAAUACAGAAAGAUUUCGAUGGAAAUAUCAUUAUUACAAAGCUGCUAUGAUCAUUAUGUUUGUUGCAGUUGCUCUCCAAGCCAUAUCAUUAAUCAUCUUCCCAGUCAAGUUCUUAGAAGAAAUCGGUGAUAGAGCAGAAGUGCGAUGGGAGUUUGGUUGGGCGUAUGGUAUCGGAUGGGGAUCUGCUAUAUUUAUGCUGGGGUCGUCUAUUCUGUUGCUCAUUGAUAGAGACAAUGAAGAAGUGCUAUAUCGUGAAAAGACUCACUUAAAUAAUUUUGAAGCUGAAGAUGUGUAAAUUCACUGUGGUGAUAGUGGACCUGUACAUAUGCAUUAAAAGAAAAGAUUAUGUGAGUAAAGCAAACCUCAGUAUAAAACAAUAAUGAAGUUAUGAUGCCAAGGGCCAUUGAUCAGUCCAACAUACAGAUGGUAACACUUUCAAAUCUUACCGUUUUUGGAUGUGCUCACGUGAUGAACACCGUGUUUUCUACCUCCUACUCUCUACUGUAUUGAAAUACGGUAUAGAAACAGAAGUAUUCAGUUAAUUUAUCCUGGACUAGAUAGAAAGAAAAUCCCUGUGAAAUCUUGAGCUGGAUUUGUUUGUCGUAGAAUAACCAUCCAUUUUUCAAUCCAAGAAGACCACAGAUGGAUCUGAUAUUUAUAAAUAAUAAAAGAUUACUUGCAGAUAGACAUACGUUUGUUAUAGAUCAAGUGAUAGAAACAAUAGAAUAGUUUUGAAAAUCUCAAGGUGUAUAUUUUGUUGAGAUCUUACUAUAAUGCUUUCCUGACUAAACUCUGUGUAUCUUCUGUUAACCUUUUGAAAAGUUUAGAUCUGACAUCCUUGAAUCCUUGACACCUCAUUUAGUUCAAAUUCAUUUUUUAUUGUUUGUAAAGUUUUCCAAUAAAAUUAUGUAUUUUCCUUUU